CCGGACUCGUGGGCGUCCACACCUCAGAAGCCGACAUGUAGAGUCCACAUCAUCAGAGAGCUGCGAGGAUAAGCAGAGUGCAUGAGACGGCGUGUAGCAUACGGCACCUAAGAUGGCACAGCUAGAACCGCGCACCGUCGUGGUGCUUAUGAGGCAGCGCCUCAGCGAGGUCCGCACCGAUGACGACGACUGGACCGGCCUCACGAGUCCGGCCGAGAGGAGGAGGCGGCAGAACAGACUCCAUGCUCGAGCCUGGCGAAAGCGGAAGGCGGCCCAGCAGCAGGCAGAGCAACCAGGGACGGCAUCUGGGCUGGUCUUAGCCUCCUCGGCAGGGCGAUCCGAGCCAGCUGAGCAUGGGGGUUCAAGGGCUUCUGUUCAGAAACUCUUGUCUGGCAUGAACAUUGGCCCUCCCGACCCUGCCACGUUAUCUCUGUUCCGGCAUGAUGAUGCCGAGCCGGAUGGACAGGAUCUACCCGGUGACAGACAGGAUGUGCGGCUUGUCAGCGACCCAGCGCCAGCGCCAGCCGGCCAGUGGCAACUCGACGUAGUCCACCACCACCACCAUUACCACCACCUGCCCCCCAACCCGAGCCAGGUCCAGCAUUACUACCACUUGCCCCCCAACCCGAGCCAGCUCCAGCACCAGUCCAAGCACAAGCACAGCCACUACUCGCCCUACCUCUCGUGGCUCGCCACUGGCCCGCAGGAACGCCCGCCCCUCAUCCCACCCCUGAUUCCCUACGUGACGCCGGACUCGGGGCCGACGAUCCCGAAGCCAGAUCUCAUCUUCCCACUAUCGCCCGACCAUCUCUUCAUCACGAUCGUGCAGUACAACGUGCUCCGCGGCACCAUGACCAACAUGGUCAUCCUAUCGCUGCUCGACACGCUGCCGAUGGAAUGCUCUGCUGCGUUGCAUAUCCAGACGGAGUACCGCAACCCGGGCCGCGCCGGCACGGUGCCCGAGGCGCUGAUGCCGACGGAGCUGCAGCGCACGGUGGCGCACGCGCCGUGGAUCGACACGAUCCCCUCGCCACAGCUACGCGACAACCUGAUCCUGCUCGACGGGCAGUACGACCAGGACGAGCUGUGCAGUGACGUCAUGGGCGGGCUGUUUGAGGGAUUCAACGAGGCUGCGGUGCGCGGCUGGAUCCUCUGGAAGGAGCCGUGGGACACGCGCGGGUGGGAGGUGUCGGCGGGCUUUGCGCGCAAGUGGGCGUUUCUGCUGCGCGGGUGCACGUCGGUCAAGGCGGCGACCAACGCGUGGCGCGAGAGCCGCGGCGAGGAGCCGUUGGUUUUUGAGCUGUGAGCUUUGGUCUGGUUGUUCGUUC